AUGAUAAGAGACAUCCCUCAUCAUAGCAAUAAAGGAGCGCAGACGACCCAUAAGAAAGAACUGACUUAUGAGAGAAAUCUGACUGACAGAAGUAGUUGGUGGAAGGACACGAUUAAGCAUACCCCAUCCCCUGGCAGUUAUCACAUACGUGAUUUCAUAGAGGAAGCAAGACUCAAUCCUGUGGGAAAGACCUAUGGAUUUAAGGACACAGGCCGUAACAGCAAGAAUUGGUAUAUGAAGAGCGGGGCCAUGCUUCUUCCAGGAGCUUACAGUUUUAUUGAUUGUACCCAAAAGGCUCUCCAAUAUCAAGCAUCCUACCCCUUUAAGAGCUGUCCAAGACCCGAAAACUACACCCUGGGUGUCCGAGAUAAAGACAUAGACCUCUCUCCAUGCCAUUAUGAUGUGACUGAGAAGCCUGUUCCCAAAUUACCCUGCAAACAUGUCAUGUUCCGUUCAGCUGUGCAACGUCUCAUCUUCCUUCCUAAAGAGGGACCAGCUCCUGGCCAUUACACCCUGAACCCAUGCAGAGCUAAGGCCAUUACCUCUUGCUUCAGAUCAACAGCACCUCGUCUUUACAGCAUGUGCUCUAGGACUCCUGGACCGGGCGCAUAUGAGCCCUCAUGGCAGAUCAGCCCUUGCUUUGCCACCAAGAACAACAUGUGCGACAUCCAUGGCCUUUUGUGAUGUAUUGUAAU